UAGAUUUAAAUUUUGAAUAUUACUGCAAAAUAACGGUUUAGAGUUUGUGAAGUUGUAUCUAUUAAGAAAUAUAUACAAGUUCAAACAAAGAAUUAAUUUUAACAAAAUUAAAAUAUAUUUAUAAAAAGAAAAAAAAAUAAAAAUGAAGUCUGUACGCGUGAAACCACCAGGUUCAACUCGUAAGCCAACAAAUCGUCCAAGGGGCAAUAAUAUAUUAUCUAAGGAUCCAGUGCAAGUUUAUUGUCGUUUAAGGCCAAUGCAAUAUUCUACUGAUAUAUCAUGUAUGAAAGUUACAUCUGAUACAACUGUGGUUAUUACACCUCCAGAAUCAGCAACAAAUUUUCGUAAUUCUAGCAAUAAAGAAAUUCAGACAACAUUUAGUCAUGUAUUUACACCAGAUGCAACGCAAAAAGAUGUUUUUAAUAUAGUUGCCCUUCCAUUAGUUGAAAAUGUCAUUCGUGGUAGAAAUAGCCUUUUAUUUACAUAUGGUGUAACAGGAAGUGGUAAAACAUAUACUAUGACUGGCGAAUCUCAAGAUGCAGGAAUAAUGCCACGUUGUCUUGAUGUUAUUUUUAAUAGUAUUGCUAAUUACCAAACAAAAAAAUUUAUUUUUAAACCAGAUAAAUUAAAUGGUUUUGAUAUACAAAAUGAAGCUGAUGCAAUGCUCGAUAGACAAAACGAACUUCAUGCUGGGCUUAUGUCACAAAGAAAUGGAAAGUCAGGCAAAUUACGUAAAGUAGAAAGUGAUGGUGAUAGUAAUCCAAUAAUUCAUGACAUUGAGGAAUCGGAAACAAUACAAGUAGAUCAAGAUAAUGUCUAUGCUGUAUUUGUUACUUAUGUUGAAAUUUAUAAUAAUAGUGUAUAUGAUUUAUUAGAAGAUGAAGAUAUUAGAACUAAAACAUUACAGAGUAAAAUAGUUAGAGAAGAUGGAAAUAAGAAUAUGUAUGUACAUGCUGUAACAGAAAUUGAAGUAAAAAGUUCAGAUGAAGCAUUUGAAAUAUUUCAGCGUGGUCAGCGAAGACGAAGAGUUGCUCAUACUGCACUUAAUGCAGAAUCAAGUAGAUCACAUAGUGUUUUCACAAUUCGUCUUGUUCAAGCACCUUUAGAUUGUGAAGGUGAACAAGUUAUACAGGAUAAACGAGUGGUAUGUAUUACUCAGUUAUCAUUAGUGGAUUUAGCUGGUAGUGAAAGAACUAAUAGAACUAAAAAUACGGGACAACGAUUAAGAGAAGCAGGGAAUAUUAAUAAUUCUUUGAUGACCCUACGAUCGUGUUUAGAAAUUUUAAGAGAAAAUCAACUUCAAAGCACAAAUAAAAUGGUACCCUAUAGAGAUUCAAAACUUACCCAUUUAUUUAAAAAUUACUUUGAUGGAGAAGGACAAGUUCGAAUGAUUGUCUGUGUUAAUCCAAGAACAGAUGAUUAUGAUGAAACAAUUCAAGUAAUGAAAUUUGCGGAAAUGACACAAGAAGUUCAAGUAGCUAGACCAACAGUUACAAAAAUAGAUUUUGGUUUUACGCCUGGAAGAAGACAGGCAAAUAAAUUGUUUAAGGAGGCACGUAGUAAAUUGCAAAAAGAAGGACGUCUUGAAGCUGCUGAUUUAGAAAUUGAUGUUGGUUUAGUGUAUAGUUUGGGCGGUCCAUUUCCUGAAUUGGAAAUUAGUUCUCCACGUAAUGAUCAAAUUAUAACUAAUUUAAUGCAUUUUUUGGAACAACGCAUUAAUAAACGGAAUAUAUUACGUACUGAUUUACAGCAAAAACAAAAUGAUCUUAGAAAAAUGUUAAUGACAAUGGAACAAGAUCAUAUGAAUUUAAAGAUUGAAAAUGCAUCUUUAAAAGCAGCUAAUUCACAGCAAAAUAAAAAGAUUUCUGCAUUAGAGGGUCAUUUAUGUAAAACUGAAGAACAAAUUGACAGUUUGCUUCGAAAAUUAAAUCAUGCAAAUGAUACAAUACGUAGUUUACAACAUGAGUUGAAAGAUAGAAAUAUGGUAUUAAAUCAACGUUUAAUAGAUAAACAAAGAGUAAAACAAAAAUACAACACUAAAAUGCAAGUAGAAACUGAUAAAAUGAAUAAAGAAUUAGAAAUAAAAUUACGUCAACAACGUGAACAAUUACAGAAUCAAAUGAAAGAAAAAGAUGAUAAAUUAAGAUUGGUAAAACAAAUCUUAGUUGAUGAUAAUGGUAUUAAUUCUGCUAUUUCCAAAGAUUAUGUGACUCCUACUUCUAAUUAUAUACAAACAACAAAAGGAACAGAUUGUCGAUCACGAAGAGAUAAAGCAGCUACAGCAAAUUUAAGAUAUAGACGUUCACAAAGCGCUGAUAGAUGGGUUGAUCAUAGACCAGGAGCACUUGUUCCUAUAGGAACUGUUCUUCAACCUUUAAUGCGUAGAAGACGUAGCGUUACACGACUUACAGAUCCAAAAGAAAUUACAGAUGGUGUAUCCAGAUAUUGUCUUGUUGCGCAAGAACACGAUACGGAUGGUGAACUUGAGACAAAAUUAUUCAAGGGUGAUAUAAUACCUACUAGUGGAGGAGGUGCACAAGUAAUAUUUAAUGACAUGGAAUGUUUAAAACAAUUAUCUCCAAAGGCAAGAAAACGUAGCGGUCCACAAGAUAUAGAAAAUAUAAAUGAAAUAGGUUCCCCAAAUCAUUCAUCUACUCUUAAAGAAUCCCAUUCCAAACGACCACGAGUUGUAAAUUAAUAAUAAUUGCUAAGAAUAAUGAAAUCAACGUAUUUUUACAGUAUUACAUUUUAUCAAUUUUAUAAUUUAUUAAAGAAAUUCAUCAAAUAAAAAGAUGAACUAUAAAA